AUGAUCACCGACGACGAACUCCACCGUUUGGCCGUCUUCCUCGGCUCCUGCGCCAUGAUGAUGAUCGUUCUCUACCACUUCCUCGAAGUCAAUGCGAAGGAUGAUGAUGAAGAAGUCGACGUCAAAAACAACAACAGCAAGCAAUCUACGGGCGCCUCGUCGGCUGGUUCGACUACCGCAUGA